GAAAGUGUGGAUCUCCAUCUCGGAUACAGAACACAAAAGCCUUCCCAUUCGUCAGUCCUCCCCCCACACCGUAAGAUUCCCUCUCCCUCUCUCUCUCUAUAGUUCCCGCCAAAAAUAAAAUACCCUUUCCCCUUCCUUGAGUGCACCCUCAUAUUUACCGCCAUCCCUUCAGAUUUUAACUACUUCUAGAGAUUCAGAGAGUGAGAGAGUUUGAUAGAGAAACAUGCAGGGAAGUUCCAAGGUGAUAUUGGGAGCUACACUGAUAAUGGUGGUGAGCCUUGCCUUUGUGUUGGGCCUUAUUCUUGUGUUGCUUGCCGAGCUCUACUGCUCUCUGUUACUCCGACGCCGUAGGCUUCGUGUUGCACCGCCCACCACCACUUCCACCACCUCCUCCGCUCAUCCUGUUGUAGCCGCCACCAACAUUUCCCAGUCUCUGCCUUCAGCUGCUCCCAGGGACAACAACCGACCAGCUAUUUCACUUAGCAGCUUGUAUGCUCAUGGGGUUCUUAGUGCUCCAAGAAACUUUCUUUUCCCCUCUGUCCCCUGUAUCAAAGACAACAAUGUAGAUGUUGUUGAAGCAAAGAGCCGAAGCACUCAACUUCAUCGAGUUAUCGACAUUGAUGCCCAUGAAUCGUCCCUUAGCCCUCACCGAAUCGGCCUCAUUUCAACUCCAUCCCGCCCGCCGUCACCCUUCAUCUCAGCCUCGCCUGACCUAUCUGUUUCUAAAGUUUGUGCUCAGAGUAAAUUAAGCCCUGCCAUUGCCUGUAAUGACAGUUCUUCCAUUGGCAGUGACCAUUUUAUGUACAUUUCAAAUCCGAUUUAUGACAAUGAUGCAAUCAGGCCAAGCAGAGGAGACACCCCAUUCGAAACACCAAAUUCCUCUCCUUCAAGAUUGGAAACAUGUGGUUCUUCUGAAGAAGACGAGAUUGUAGCUUCUCCUCCAAGUACUCUUCGUUCCCUCCCAAAUACACCACCUUUAACGCCAAUGAAGAAGCUCCCAGCCGAGGCUUGUUCGGUUACAUUGAGAGACGCCACGUCUCUGAGGAAUUCUGGAAGCGAUUCUAACACUAACAAUGGUCUAUCAUCUUCCUCCUCUGGUUCUCCCUGUACUUCACCUUCAUGGUAAUGUAAUUCAAUGGCACGUUUAGAGUUAGUGUGAUGCCAGAGUUUUCUUUACAGCUUUGUUGUGAAACUUAACUUUCUAUGGUGGUGGUGGGUAUGUUUUGAAUGUGGUAGUGAAGAAGAAGAAGAAGAAAGUAGCGAGUUUCUCAAAGCACUGGUCUGAACAUUGCACGCCUCUGUACCAGUCCACGAAGUUAUCUAGAUUUUGCAAAAUUUAUUGUUUUCCACUUGUUUGUGUUGUUAAUGGAAAGUUGCUGAAUUUCUGGCCGA